AUGGAAUCAAGGAAAGAGAUGCUGCUGUUGCUGGAGCGAGGUCAGCACGGUAAUCUUGUCAGCAGGAGGGUGUCGAAUUUGUCAGAGCCAGCUGGGAGCCCAGUCAUCGAGUCCCGUGAAAACGUGAUCCCGCGGAAUUGCUUGAGCCCUGGGUCUGCGCCUGUGACACUGGAGAGUGGGGACGAGGAGACCGACGGUAGCACUCGGAUGAGACCCGCUUCAAGGCUCCUUGCCCCGGACAAGUCAUCAUCUGAUGGCUGCUCAGCGAAGGGGAAAUGUCUCUCUGUCCAAAACAGUCCGGAAACGGAGUCAGAUUAUUAUGAUGAGAUAGAUGUCAGUUGCACUCCAAAUUGUGUGCCGGGAAAUCAAGAUUACCACGGAAACAAAGGUUCAGGGCAACCCUCCGAUCCGAUCGGCACUAACGGCGGGGCAGAGAUUCCCAAAGUGUCCGGCUCUCAGGGCCUGAUAGGCGGCGGUGGAGCUGACCAGAUGCGCCGAUACCGAACCGCUUUCACCCGAGAGCAGAUCGCCAGGCUGGAAAAGGAAUUCUACCGGGAAAACUAUGUUUCCAGGCCCAGGAGAUGCGAGUUAGCAGCGGCGUUAAAUUUACCGGAAACCACUAUCAAGGUAUGGUUCCAAAAUCGCAGAAUGAAGGACAAGAGGCAGCGUCUGGCCAUGACCUGGCCUCACCCAGCCGAUCCUACUUUCUAUACAUACAUGAUGAGUCACGCUGCAGCCACUGGCAACCUGCCCUAUCCCUUCCCAUCCCAUGUACCUCUUCACUACUAUCCUCACAUGGGCAUGUCUGCAGCGUCUGCAUCAGCGAGCAGCCCCUUCAGCACCCCUUUGAGACCCCUGGACACCUUCAGAGUUCUUUCUCACCCCUACCCGCGUCCCGAAUUGCUGUGUGCAUUUAGGCACCCGUCCCUCUACCCUUCGACCACUAACCAUGGGAUUGGCAGCACCGGCAGCACCCCUUGCUCAUGCCUAACGUGCCACAGCAGUCAGUCGAAUGGGGUGGUCCAAAGAGCUGCUGGGACAGACUUCACGUGUGCGUCAACCACCAGAACUGACACAUUCCUCACCUUCACACCUUCCGUGUUGAGCAAGGCUGCUGCGGUGUCCCUGGACCAGAGGGAAGAAGUCCCUUUAACGAGAUAA